AUGGUCCCUGUACAGUCUUUCACAAGUGGGCUGCUGGGCACAGGUGGGGCUGCCGGUCACAGGUGGGGCUGCUGGUCACAGGUGGGGCUGCUGGUCACAGGUGGGGCUGCUGGUCACAGGUGGGGCUGCUGGUCACAGGUGGGGUUGCUGGUGCUGGUGCUGGCGGCUGGCGCUGGUGCUGGUUCCUGGUGCUGGCGGCUGGCGCUGGGGCUGGUUCCUGGUGCUGGCGGCUGGCGCUGGGGCUGGUUCCUGGUGCUGGCGGCUGGCGCUGGGGCUGGUUCCUGGUGCUGGCGGCUGGCGCUGGGGCUGAUUCCUGGUGCUGGCGGCUGGCGCUGGUGCUGGUUCCUGGUGCUGGCGGCUGGCACUGGGGCUGGUUCCUGGUGCUGGCGGCUAGCGCUGGGGCUGGUUCCUGGUGCUGGCGGCUGGCGCUGGGGCUGGUUCCUGGUGCUGGCGGCUGGCGCUGGGGCUGGUGCCUGGUGCUGGCGGCUGGUGCUGGUGCUGGUUCCUGCGUCCCGCCGCCACUCCCUUCCCCUCCUCUCUCUCCUUUCCACAGCGUCCCGCCGCCACUCCCUUCCCAUCCUCCCUCUCCUCCCCAUGGCGACCGCCGCUGCACACGCAAACAGUCGCGACGGGGGGGGGUGA